UGAGCUGUCACUUACAAAUAUAUAAUCUUUUGGUUGAUAUAAAAAUUUGGUACCAGGUCAGUUUGCACUGGACAUUACUCUAGAAAACAGAUGGAUCAUUCUUAUAAUAAUCUGGGAUUAAGAUCUUUAGUACUUUUUUUCCGAAAAUUUUCUCUUAUUAAAUUGACAAAAUGUUUCUCUUUAACUUCUUUUAUAUUUUAUGUUGCAGUAUUUGAUAGUCAUGUAAAGCAGACUGUUAAUUCUAGUGAUCUUGAAAAUUUUAGUCACUUGUUGACAAACCUGUAAAUGUCUUCUAUGACUUGAAAAUUUAGAAAUUCUCUAUUAUUGAGUGGUUGUAUAUUGUCUAUGAGGUGAACAUGAGCAAUUUCUUCUUUCCAUAGAAGUAUCCAAAGCUGCCACAAAACAAUUAAGUGUAUUUGUUGACACAUUAAUCUUUGUUCUCUUAUUUAAUACACUAUGCAUGCUAAUAUUAUCUGCUAAGGUCUUUUAGUUUUCUUUCCCUGUUGUGUAGAGUCGCUACUGCAAUUUUGCAAUUUCUUUCUAUUUUCUCUAUCACCCUUUUCAUUUCUAAUUGUGCAUACGAUUAAUUAGUUCGCAAAUAUUCUCAUUUUCCUCGUAAAAAGAGAAAAAAAAAAAGGCUGCUAAGCCCAGUGCAUAAAAUAAGUGAUGCCCACUGGAACAUGAUAAGAUAAAAAAUGUUCAAUUAUUAGCUAAUUUAAAGUAGGUGAUAAAAAAAUUCGACAUGUAGGAAGGCUCAAGUAUUUUUUUUUUUUCCUAAAGAGAUCUAAGCAACUGUUAACUUUGAAGUACUCAAAUGUUUUUUUCACGUUAUAUGUGUAUCUCCUGGCCAUCAUUUAUAUUUGCAAGUGCCAUAGUAAAUAUUCAUGUGUGUGUUUGUGUGUUUCAUGAUACGUUCAAAUGGAUGGAAUUUUAACAUCCCACAUGAGAAUCAUGUGUUGCAUCAUCCUAGUACGUGUCAUCAGCGUCAUUGAAAUCUUAUCCAUGGUUUACGGAACAGUCUUGGAUGAACUCUUCGACUUUGCAUACUGGUGAUACUUGCUCUAUUUUCCACUUUCUCAAGCUCAGUGAGUAGCUGUCAUGCAUGUUCUUUUUGUAUGCUGGGUAAAGUAUAUGUUCCUUUUACCAUCAAAUAUAACAGCUGCAUACUAGCAAGAUUUUUAGCACCUCCUCCACUUGGCAUGUUCUUUUCCGUUCCUAAGAGCUCAGCUGGUAGCCUUUGCAGGAGAAUAGGAGAACCUGCCAAGUGAAGACAUCUAACUUGACGACUCUCGUUCUUCAGCAAAAUCUGUAUUCACAGGUCACAUCCCUUGUGAGAGCUCAAGCAUGAUGGAAGGAGAGAGGAAGAAGAGUGAAGAGAAGAAAGAUGAUGGAGGAGCAGCUCUACGACCGUCACAACAUGAAGAACAAAAGGCCAAGGUGGUAUUUUGUUCAUCUUCUUCGUCGUCGUCGUUGUCUCCUACGCUUGAGCUCAACCUCAUCGAGUCGCUGGUCUCAGUACCCUCGGAGCCACCACCGGCGGAGGCAACAACCGAGUUGGAGCCGCGGGUCUUCCCCUGCAACUACUGCAGGCGGAGGUUCUACAGCUCGCAGGCGCUCGGCGGGCACCAGAACGCGCACAAGCGCGAGCGCACCCUGGCAAAGCGUGGGAGCCACGGCGCAGGCUUUGGCGAAGCCAACUGCGGAUACGUACCGAGCAUGGCUUCGUUGCCGCUCCGAGGGACGUACGCCGGCAGGCCGCUCGGCAUACAGGCGCACUCGAUGGUCCACAAGCCGCACAAAGUGACGUCACCGCCGCUGGCCGCGGCGAUGUUCUACGGCCAACAUGGCUGGUCGAUUUCUCCGAUAAUUAGCCGUCGACCGGAGGUAGGACGCAUCUCCACGGAGGUCAUCCAUGCCACAACAAUACCUCCGCCGGUGCAGCUCAACGACCCCGCCGCCGCCGCCGCCGCCGCCGCCGCUGCUGAAAUGAUUCAAGAGGUUGGUGGUAAUCUUCUGACCAGUAGGCGAGAGAAGUUGCCUAAGCUUGACUUGUCCCUCAAGCUCUAGCGCUGUUGUCUCUCUCUCUGCCUCUCUCUGGGAAUGGGAAUGCUCCUAAUUUUCAGUCAGCUUAUGCAAUCAAUCUUAUAGCUUUAAUUAGUCCCCUUCUUUUGGAUUCUGACUUGUUGAUAGAAGAUUUGAAGUUGAACUCACUGCUAAUCUGGAGCUUGGAAUCGAAUAAUAAUAUAUCAAGCAAAAAAUCGUAAUAUUGAUGUUUUAACCUUAUCACUUCAAA